GCUCAGUGGCUCAGUCUCAGUUGAGUCGCGGCGCGGGAGAGACGUCGAGAGCGUCGUGUGGAGUGUAGUGCCUAGUCUCCCUCGGGAUAACCUGCUCAUCUCCUUGAAUACACUGUCGAUGAUACAGUGUAGUCCGAGAUGGAGGUGGUAGAGCGGGCCGGAGGACCUUUCUCUAGACGCAACGUACAGGAGUGGUCCAGACUAGACCAGAUCACUGGACUGUUGGAACAUGCCAGAGUGAAGACUGACAUACAUGUUGUGUUGUAUUGCAGGUCGAUGAUACAGUGUAGUCCGAGAUGGAGGUGGUAGAGCGGGCCGGAGGACCUUUCUCUAGACGCAACGUACAGGAGUGGUCCAGACUAGACCAGAUCACUGGACUGUUGGAACAUGCCAGAGUGGAGACUGAUCAUUGGACUGCCAGCACGAGUAACUCUUCCCACCACUUUGGCAAGGUGGUGGACUCUCGAUCUCGCAACCUCGCAGACGGAGGCCAGGAGCAGAGACAACAGACCAAGCAGCUGGAGGUGUUCCAGACGACAGUGCCUGGCGGCUCUCUACAGGUCAUCCGCUCCAGCACCUCUAGCUCCUGGCAGAGCCACAAGACUUUAUCAAGUGGAAGUGGGUGGCCAAACAGUGAAAGACUUGUCCUUCCCAACUUGGAUAGCCAGGACUUUGAUCAACUCAAGUUGACAUUGAAUCCUCUCGAUCUAAGCUCGCAAAAGUCUAAAGCGAGUGUUGGUCGAAGUGGCUCAAUCAGCAGUCGUCGUCCACCCUCCAGGCCGCGCAGCAUAGCUGGCACCAAGACAGAGGAGGGCCCUGACAGCAGACAUACAAGUGAACUAGCUGCGAUCUGUCACAGAGUCCAUGAGCAAGCCAAAAAGGAAUCAGAAAAUUCAGGCCCUGUUACGAAUGGUUUCAGCAAAAACAAAGAACUCACGAACGAUAGUACGAGUACAGCGAAUCUCGAUUUGAAAACGUUUAGAAGCACUGCAGUCAAUGAAGCAACAAGAUCUAGUUCAGAUUCUACAGGAUCAAACAAUCAUAUUAGUCUAAUACGCAAGAAGAGUUGCUCAAGUGAAGACUUACAUACUGUGAUUGAGGAUCGCAAUGAAACUGACUCCAAUAGUUCUGAAUGGAAAAGGUCAUCAAAAGUGAGAAGAUCAUUACAGUUUCCUCCAAAACAGAGUCCCACACUCAAAGAAACUAUUGUCAUUCCAGUAACUAAGAGUGUCGCAGAAAUUAAACGUGAGAUAGAAGCCAGAAAGCAAUUAGUAACAAAUUCUUUUAGAACUAAUCAAUGGAAUAAUUUGGCCGAGAUUGAAGGAGUUCUUGGAGUUAUUAAUAAUGGGACUCAUGAAGAAAAUCCCUCCAAAGAUGACUCAGAUCACAGAGAGGAUGGCACAAUAAGUCCUACAAAAACUAAAAAACGUCAAACUUUCAUUACGGUUGAAUCUUUAAAAGAGGUUCGAGGAAGGUUACGCAAAUUAAGUUCUCCUACAGAUGAAAUUCCAAAACAAGAUGAUAUAGAUGAUGGAAUCGAUACAGAGGCAAAGCCAACAAGUCCAACACCAAGAACUCCUGAUGAAUCUUCUGAAAUUCCAGUAAAUUCUGUAAAAUCUUAUGUGUAUGGAAUGGAGGUAAUGCUUAGAAAAACAAAAAAUCCAGUAACAGGAACAGGCAGCCUAGAAUCAAGAAGCUCUUCAAAAUCAUCAACUAAUGGUAGUAAUCGCUCUGAAGAGUGGUACAAUCGGAGAAAAUCUUAUGGAUUUGAGCAAGUGAGUAGCCAACAGAGCAACUAUACUUCAUUUGAAAAAAGUAAAAUUGAGUCUUCAACAGACAGUGGCAUAUGCAGAUCAUCUGAUACUUUUCCGUCCUGGCAAAAAUUGUCUGAAAAACCUUCUAACUUGAACAGUCCUAUUAAAACUACUCAUAGUAUAAUAAUAAAACCUUACAGCGUUCUGGGUGAUAGUAGUGUAAAUGAUAUCGAAGGAGGUACUGUUGUACAAAAAGGACGAAAGACUGUUGUCAACCUCACAAAUAAUACAGUCAACACCUCAUGGGCAUGGAAUUCUGAUAUAGAUAAGUUACAAGAAAGCCCUAAAGAGAAUUCAAAACAGUUAUUCUCCAGAGGAAAAGUAGCUGAUACUGUAAGGAAUUUUCAUGAAAAGUCAAAUACAGACAACCAAAGACUGUCUGAGCCCAUAACAAUUUCAAUUCCAAUCCAGCAAACUUCAAAAACUAGUCAUACUGAUCCCUCAAACUUACUUUUAAAGCAAUCAAAAACUUUGUGUGUAAAUGACAACAUUGAAACAUCCACUCCAAGUCCCCAAAAUGGUAUAACACCAUAUUCAGAACUACUUUUUGGGAAGGAAAUUGAAGAAUCACAAGGAACAGAAGUAAAAUCUUUGUUCGAUAACAUUCCAUGGAGAGGUGGUAGAACCAAAACUCUAUCAAACUUCUUUGACUCAGAAUUCAAAAGACAUUCAAUUGCAGUUGAUCAAGCCAAAUAUUUAGCAACUAAAAAAUCGUAUGGGUCUUAUAAUUUCAAUGCAAAUGGAGAAUCUCAAAAGAAGCAACCAGAUAUUGGAACUGCAGUCAUCCCAUCCUCUAGUGAUAGAGACCAACAAAGGGACAGUACUGACAGUGACCUUGAAUCUAGUGCUCAUGAAAAAAAACAGAAGAGGGUGGAAUUUUGUAAAACUGAAGUCCACUUUGCAGCUGAGCCGGGACGAUUUAAUAUAGUAGAAACAGAUGGAAAACCACCUCCAACUAAUUUGUUCAGAAGAAGGAGGAAAACAACAUCAGAUGUUCCAGUUCGUAGUGGUCUACCUGAAAUCAGAUUUGGAGAUACCCAAUACGAGAAGAAUUUACUGUCAACAAACGAAAGAGUUAUCGACAACAAUAUUUCGAGUGAACUACAGACUUACCAGGGGAAACCAUCUAUGCAAAGUAGUGAGGAGGAAGGAAAAGUAAGUUUGGAUCAUCAUAACUCAAGCGUGGUUCAAAAUCACGCACUUGUUCCCUUAACUACUCAUGAAGAUUAUAAUGUGCAUUCAACAGAAGAUCAGCUUAAUCAAGAAGAUGACAUGCCCAAACCAAGAAGUAUUCUCAAAAACAACAUUCCAAAACCAAAACCCUACUUAUUGGGGGAGUCCCCAGACACAUAUCCUAGUGAAGAUAGUGGUUCAUGGGGAGUUAAGUUAAAGUCUUUAAAGCCAGAUGAUGAAAGCAUAAAGUGGCAGGAUUCAGAUUUGCCUAAGGAAACUGAGUUUCAGAGGCUACUAAAAUCAUUAAAACCAGCUGCCAGUAAACCUCCAGACUUAUAUGAAAUCCCUCCCCAAUCAAAACAAUUCUCAACAGCUGCUGACAAUGGGUUGGAAGUCAGAAUAACAUCAUCCCAACUGUUACCAGAUCAUAGAAGAGCUUCUUGGUCAGUCGCAGAUCGGGUGAAGUAUUCAGAUGAAGCUCGAGGAUACUCUACAAAAGUGAACUUUGGUCCACAAGAGACAACAGUGGUGGACUCUGACAAGUCAAGUGCUCGCUUCAGUUCUUCUGAAGGUCUCAAGAGUAGCUGGCUCAUCAACGGGCAGAAUUCUUCCUUUGAUGCCAAACCUGCAGAUCAAGAGUCACACAAGGCCAUAAAAAAGUUAAUACACUCUCAGAGCUUUAGCACUUCAACAUGUCAGAAGCUACAAGACGUUUACGAGGGAAACGGUUUGAAGUCAACGUCACUUGUUUUGGAAAUCCAAAAUCCCAGUUUGAACUAUACAAGUGAAAAGAAAAUAUCGGUGAAAGAUAUUUCAACAAACUUGACCCGAGACAACUGUGAAAGAAACUUUCACAAGGUUUAUGAACAUGCAAACAAAAAUUCUGUCAGUGACAAGGUUUACCAUUACUCUCGAGGGGUUAUGGCAAUAGAUAAAGAAAAAAAGAAAACCUAUCAUGAAAAUACAAAAACAGUCCCACCAAUUAGAAAAACUUCUUCAACUCAGACCUAUUUUGUAAACAGGAGUACUAUCAAGAAAGACAUUCGUCAAGAGUCUAGCUCCAAAACUGUCAAUCUUCACAGUAAGUCAAAACCUCCUAACGAUUUCAUUGAAGCAAACAAUGUCCUUCCCGGAGUAUUAAAUGCUCUUGAUGAUCUGAGUCGAUGUAUAGACGAAGUAAUCAUUGAAUAUCCACAAAAAGUGUGUAAAAAAGAUAGUGACUCAACUGCACAUGUUUUCAAAGUCAAAGAAGAUCACAAGACAAGCAACAGUUCACAGAACAUUAUGAGCAUUAGAAAUGGAAAAUCUGGAUUGAAAAACCAGUUGGAUCUACUUCGAGAAAUUGUUGAUUCCGGGGAGUUAAGUGAGGACAGUUUGAAGGCAGAUGAGGAGGUGAGGGCUUACAUGAGCACUGACAACGAUGAAGACAUUCACAACAGUGAGUGGUCUGGCAGCUGGAGUAGGCGGAGGACUCUCAAACAAAACUUUAGGGAUGCAGCCAAAAUAGACUUGGGACCAAGAAUAUCCCCCAGUUUGGGAUCUAGACCCAACCACAGACAAGGGACUGAAGAUGCUUUUAUCUCAUCAUCAGAGACGCCCCAAGUGACGUCCAUCUCCCUCCGCCAGCCUAAUGUAUCAACCACCACAGUGCGACCCGCAGCCAUCUACAAGGCAUCCGAAGUCAAACAUCCCGUCGCUUCCUUCAUCUCACGAAGUAUACUGAACACAGAACCUACAGGGAUCUGCAGUAAAGUUGAGCUAUCCUCAAGCGGUGAAAGAACUUGGAGCUUUACUAAAGUGUCAACCAACUCGGUAAAAAGCCACAGUGAAAGUGAUUAUUUAGACUCAAAUAGAUCAAACUCAGGUGAAAAAGAAGUGAGCAGUUUAUUUGCCAGGGACUUGACUAACUCGCCAAGUAGGCUCAGUAGAUACUCACAGUCUCCAUCAAAAGAAAGCCUGUUCAUGGAGAGAAGUGCCGAGAGAAACGUACUUUACAAUGAAAACAAUCGGCAGAUGUCAUCUUCUCCUACGAGUGGAAUGUCUGUGAAAAACACUUCCUUAUCGAACAUGAAAGUGGAUUAUAAUAACAAGAAGAGUGAUAAAGCAAACAUUACAUUAAGAAAUGUUUUAUCUGCAAGCCAUAAAAGCAAUGGUCAAAAUAGUUCUUCAAUCUUAGCAAAACCUAAGGUAGAGGAUAAGAAUGAAAAUAAAAAGAACGAUUUGAAGAAGGUUAACGGAGAUAUUAAAGCUAGAGAGAGAAAACUGUCAACAAGUAGUAGUGGUAGGGAUGGGUGGCUAAAUACCCCUAAAGAAGCACCUGUAAGAAGAAAACUUGAACCUUCAUUUAGGAAACCAGAGAUAAAGAAAGAAAACAAACCAUUUGAAAAACCAAUGAAGCUAAGCAGUUCAAAAGGCAACUUAAAACGUACAGAAUCACCCAUCUACCAAAACAGAGAAAUAUAUGCUGAAAGAAGGGACUCUAAUGAUAAUACUGAAACUGAAUCAGCUAUACUGGAAGAACUAACAAAAGCUGCUGAUCAAAUACUUCUAGCCGUUAACGGUUACACAGAUGAUGAUUCAUUCAGAGCAAGUAGUGAUGAUGAGUACAGAAAAAAGCGAGAAAAAGUAGCAUCUCAGCCUCUUUGUACCAUCUCGGAACUUCCAACUAAAAAGACUAACAGGCAUAAUGUAGGUGUAAUAAAAUCUACCAGGAGUACGGAUCUGAGGAGGGAAUAUAGGUCUUCAUCAAAAACUAGGAUAGGGAAGACAUCGUCUAAUUCAUCGAUGGAAAGUGGUGAUGUAAAACCUUUGUUAUCUACUGAAGAUAGAAAUAAACGGAGAGCUGCUAGGUUACUUCAACGUGCGAGCAGUAGAGAACUGUUGUUCACAACAGCUAGUUCAUCUGAAGAUAUAGGCUCUGGUAGCGACACAGGAUCCCUGAGAGCCAAGCGAGUUUAUAGACGCCCUCGGCUACAGAAUGGGAGACAUGGAUCAAAGCAGGAUUUGACAGUCUCAACAGCGGAAUCUAAACCUAAAGAAAGGAACCAACGCUCCUCAGAGUCAAGACCAAGUGAAGCUCACAAAACUCAGAAAGUGAAAGUGCAGUCAGAAAACCGAUGUUCUAGACACUCCAAAGCUGUAACAGGUCCAACAUCUAGUGAGAGGCGAGACAGAGAGCGCAGAACACAGACUACAGUGUCUCAAGUUUCCCGUUCUCAAAAGAAAAGACCAGAGACUAGUCCUAUGGAGGUGAAGUGUGGCUAGGUCGAGUUAUUCUCGACAUGACUGAACAGAUCUCAACUUGACUGCAAACAUUCAACACAAUACUCAGUUUCCAGUCUUAUUUUAGUUUUUCAACUUGGUUUCCUUUAUUGACAUACUAACUUUACUAGAUUGGUUUUACUUGAUCAGUACAUAGCAAUGACUUCCAUGUUUAAACUCCUGCUAGCAGAAAAAUGUCUAAGAUUAGCGACAUAUUGUUAAGAUUUUUUUAAACUUGCAUGUUAUGUCUCAAUUGAAAUAUACCACCAUAGAAAAUACUAAUAUACAAUAAUGGGUAUUUAUAGAUCAAAAUAACAAUUGCUUAAAUAUUGUUAGAGUAGUUCAUAUCAUAUGAACCGUACUGAUGUUAGCUAAAUGAAGCAAUACUAUUCAUUAUUCUUACUUUAUUUUCACUACUACUACUACUUUGGGCUGUAGCAUCUAAUUUUUAUUUUCUGUACCGUACUUCUGCUCAUUCAUGUAAUGGAACUCAAUAACCUGCUUGUUUAUAAUUUAUUUUAAGAAUUAUUAAGAUAUACAAGUUCCUAUAUGUUUGUUCAAAGAUUAUGUAGUAUAUGUAAAUUAACAAGUAACAAUGCUCAAAAUAUUUUUGGCUUAUUAAUUUUACAUGAAUUUUGGUAAAAUAUUUUUAUGAUUAAUAUAAAAAUAUAUAACGCAAACAAUAUGCUAUGAUAAGAAGCUUCAACAUUUGUUUACACAGGAAAACUAAUAACAUUUAUUUUCAAAAUGUUGUACCAUGACAUGUAAAUUAUUUAAUUUGAAAUCCAUUUUUAAGAUACUAAUGUUAUAUUUAUACAUUUGUUGAUUUGAUACCAGUGCAUAAUGUAAUUUAAGAUUUUUGUUACUGAUAUUUAUGUGUAUAAUGUUGUUUAGAUAUUAUUUUUUG